GUGACCUGAUUUUAAAUGUUAAAAAAUUAAUGGAAAACCUGACAAUUAAACAAACCGGAAACGAAAACGAACAAAAUGGCUACCGUGACCUUCUUUGACAUUUGUUUGUUUACAUUAACACAAAAUGUAGAAUUUUCGGUCAAAUAUUAAUCUUUUGAAAUGGCAGACAGUCAAUUAUCAUGUGCUAGUUGUAGCACUGUACCGCCUGAACUUACCUGCCAUCAAGACCCAGACUUUCACGAAGAGUUAGAAUUAGUUGGUGAACUGUACUUUGACAAUAAUGAAAAUGACGGUUCUGAUGAUUGUGACUCUUGUUCUGAUAUUGAUAAUGAUUGCAACGAAAAUGUUAACUCUUUGAAUGAAAGUAAUUAUUUAGAUACAGAAGGCAUAAAGCAACAAUCUUUUAAAAUAAAUGGCUGUGGUUGUACCCGUCUGUACUCAAACAAACCAUGCAGCUCAGUUGUAAACUGGGGUACUCUUAUUUCGUACAGGCUUUCUUGUUUGGAAAAAUCAAAACAGGAACUAGAUUUGAUUGUAAAAUACCAAAUUUUCAAUCAUACGCAGAGUGGACCAGUAACAGUUGGAUUAAAAAGAAAAGCAGUGGAUAGAAAACGGCAAAGGCAGAAUUUUUACUUUGCUGGGCAAGUAGUUUGUCGCAAUACAUUUGCUUUCGCUCAUGGUGUGUCUAAAAACACAAUUAUUUCGAUUGGUAGCUCCAUUGAUGUAAACAGUCUUGAAGCCAGAGUACAUGGAAAUAACAAGAAACUGCCUAAACACACACUCAAGUUACAAGAUGUCCAGAUGGUAAAAACAUUUCUUGAAAAUUAUAGUAGCCAAAAUGGAAUGCCACUACCUGGACGAACACCACAGGCCAAUGAAAAGUGUAUCCUCCUUCCAUCAGACAAAAACAAAAGUGAUAUAUAUGAAUUGUAUUGUGGUGCACUUGACCGAACUGGCUAGAAACAAGUGGGGCCUUCCACUUUUAGGAAAAUAUGGUUAGAACAGUGUCCAUAUUUGUUGGUGAUGAAGCCUGCCACUGAUCUGUGUUUAAAAUGUCAAAAACAUGUAGAAAACAUUACAAAGUCUGGUAACAUCACAGAAGAAGAGAAACAAAUAAAAUUAGAAAAUUAUCAAAAACAUUUAGAGAAAGUAAAAUGCCAGAGAGAUCAUUACAGGGAGCAAUGUGAGAGGACAAAGCUUGAGUUUGAUCAAUUUUCAGAUGCAAAUAAAAAAAGAGGACAAAGAUCAAAAGCCACAGAUGCCACGGUCCACUACAGCUUCGACUACAGCCAACAGGUGUUCUAUCCUCAACAGGCACAGGCAGUGGGUCCGAUGUACUUUAAAACUCCUCGAAAAUGUCAAUGCUUUGGGGUGUGCUGUGAGUCUUCAGGAACGCAGAUAUUUUAUCUCGUUGAUGAGGCCUUUCAGUCCGUUGGAAAAGGGGCCAAUAGUGUGACCUCAAUGCUGCACCACCACUUUAGCCAUCUUGGUUAUGGAGAGAGGAAUGUGGUCCUUCAUAUGGACAACUGUUCGGGGCAAAACAAGAAUAACGCGGUCAUAGGGUACGGCAUGUGGCGGGUUUUUACAGGCCUGCACGACUCUAUUGAGUUCAGCACCAUGGAGGCCGGUCAUACCAAAUUUAGCCCAGACUGGCACUUUGGAUUGUGGAAGGUGCGUUGGAGGAACACCACUGUCAAAACCUUGGAAGAUGUUGUGGAGACAGUCAGGCUAUCAUCCCGCAAUGGGCACAACAUUCCACACCUUGUACAAGAUCCGGAGAAUCCUGUCCAGUUUUACAACUGGACAGAAUUCUUGAAACCAGUAUUCAAGCCAAUACCAAAUCUGCUGUCAUACCACCACUUCAGAAUGACCUCUGACAAGCCAGGCAUAGUGUAUGUGAGGCGAUAUGCUUCGGAUGCUGAGGAGGCUGUGAAGAUCCUGAAGAAAGAUUCUUUCGUUCUGAAUGGAAUGCCCCCCCAACUGGAGCCACUUGGCUUGUCUGCAGAAGGCCAGUGGUACCUUCAUGACGAAAUCGCGCCACUCUGUAACUCAUUAUGUGCCAGUACCUGUCCACGGCCAGAUGUACCGAAGCCGACGAAAUAACAAUGAUUUUAAAAUAGUUCCCCUGUUUUAGAUUGUUCAUGUUGUUUAUGUAUAUAAUGUAUGGUAACCAUGGAAACCUGACCAUUCCUCAUUGUCAACUUCAACAACAUUAGUAUGUUUUUGUAAAACUCUUACAAUGACUCAAUACCAGGUGAAAUGAAAUAUAAUGCAGUGUGACAAGUAAUAUAAUUGAAUUUAAAAUUUAAUAGUUGUGUAUAUAAACUGAAAACAUUAAUUUAAUGUAAAUAUUUAUGUUAAGUCUCUUAGCCUUGGCUCUAUUUUUCAUGCAGUAUGUAAUAUAGUAUAAAUGUAACAGUAAGAAAUUGUUGAUUGCAUUUGAUAACUAAAGAGUGUAGUAUUAUUGCUAUGUUUAAUGUAGAAGAUGGUAAUUAUAACUGAUAUUCAUAUUGUAUACUGUUGCCAUGGUUACAACAAAAUAAUUAUGUGUAUAUCAUGUAUUAAUUUAAAAGUCUUUAAUUAAUGAACAAUGUCUCAUGUAAAAUAUAAUUGUUAUUGGAACAGUUUAAAGAAGAAUUUUCAAUUUUAAUACGUCAUGGUUCGCAUAUUAAAUCUUAGCAAGUGUAUGCUAUGUAAUUCAAUUUCGGUUAGAGUCUGUGAUCAAUAGAACAAAUUAAUAGAUAGAACAUGUAUACAAUUAAUUGAUUCGUGUAUUAAGUAACAGUUCUUUGAUAUAUGUAUAUUACUUUCUUGCAUUUUAAGGUGUGAGGAAAUGCUUUGAACUGAUUUUGUAAAAAAAAAUCAAUUAUUUUGAAAUUUUUGCAAAUGGUUGCUAUGGUAACCGAAAUUUGUUUCGUAAUGGUCUUAUAAAUUUACAUUAAUUUAAUAUUAUAAGUUUUGUCCUUGUAAAAGGACAGUGAGUGAGUGAUUUUCCUCUGCAAUUAUAAAUCUAUUGAACCAUAAUGCAAUUGACAUGAAAAUAAAUGAACAGAAUGACAAA